ACAAGAUGGUCAAGCCACAUACGUCCGCCGCAAGGAGCUUAGUGAGGCAGCCCCAGGAGGUCCCAAUGGACUGCAAGUCAUCAGUUACAUCCAAUGCCGCAGCUAUUUGUAGUUUGAGUUGUUGACAAAAGUAAAUGCUUAACCAAGUGAGUAAAGAAAAGCUUCAUGCGUCGACUAUCCGCCGGUGUCGUAGAUGGAAGGGAGCAGCUGCCGACUGUGGUCAAUGGCGAAGAGCAAAAGGCCAAGACGGUCUUAUCAAGACCAGGGAGUUCGUCACUGGACAGGGGUGUGUCCCGUGGAAUCCCUGGUAGGAGAAAAUCUCGCGCAAAUACCAAUCGACGAGUGUCGAGUGCGUCCAUGACAGCUGUGGUAGAAGAGGAGAAAUCUCCUUCCACUACAGCAAUACGUCUACGAGCUCUGGCUCUUGCAGUUCGUGCGAGACAUUCACUAGGGAUCCAGAGACCUGCAGAAAGGAAGUAUUUACUACAUGCGAGUGAAUCUGGUACAGAAGAAUCGGGUGUAGAUUUACUUAUGGAAGGGAUCCAAACCAAACUCAAGGACGAUGUACCCAGUGGGUUUCUCACUAAAAAUGUUAACAACAACCGGACAAAUCCUGAUCAAGAACUCGAAUCAAUCAGUGCAGACACUAGCGCUCCUCCAGCUUUACAACCAACAAGGAAACCAUCAAUGCGUCCAGGCUUAAGGAGUGCCAGUACUAUUUCUAAGGCCUCUUUCCAGCGAAUAAACUCAAUCCGAGGAGAUGCCAGCUCCACCAUCAGACCGUACGAAGUUAAACCUCGCGAUGUUGCCGUGAUUUCCAGCCCAAUUCACAAUUCGGACGCACGACUCACAUGUGCUUAUUCUCUCUACAAACUCUCGUGUCAAACCGGCUGUGAACUUGCGAUCAUCGAAGGUGGAGCGAUCGCGCAAAUUGCCGAUUUUAGUGACGCAGACGACUCGAAAUUACUGCGAUAUUCUGCCUCGGUGCUCGUCAAUCUUACUACCGAUUUAUCGGUACUGGAAGACUUUACGUCUAAAGAUGGAGUGUCUGCACUACUGGAAUUGAGCUGGGCCCCACUUGUAGAUGUGAAAGUUGCCUGUAUUACUGCACUCUGUCGUUUGUCACAGAGCCGAGCGCGUGCUGCUACGUUGAUUCGGCACCAGGCGAUCACUGAGAUCAUGGCAAUACUCACUACCCCACACACCCCACUGCAACAACUAGCGGUGACUUGUAUUGUGAAUUUAAUAUUCCAUGGCCAUACUUUUCCAGAUCGGGUGUUCAUGGGGGACCCUCAUGCAGUCCAGAGUCCUCUUGGUCUCCUGAAUGUCUUAAGUCAACUGUCCGCUGCCUCUUCCACUUCUCAGUUUGCGAUUGAAACGUUAUUUAACCUCUCACUGUACCGAUCCAGCUGCUUGAGUGCGCUACGUGCAGGUGGAGCGGAGAUUCUGUAUACUUUAGUCAGUCAACUCUGCAAGUUAGUGGAUGGCAGCACCGGUGGAGCUAGUUCCAGAUUUAUGUUCAAUAUGGGCGUACAAGCUCCUGGUUGGACCUCUGACUCUGAUCUUGGCGUUUGUAUGAAAUUAUUGGGCUUGGCAGCCGACACGCUGGCCAAUUUUUCGGCGUUUAUCGAGUAUCACAGUAUGGUGGGGUCUCACGGGAUUAAGGCGCUUAGUUUAAUGCUGUCCGGUGCUUUACGGGAUGUGGGGAACCUGAAUACAAGUGUAACAAUUGUGGAGAGAUUUCGCUGCACGACUGUAUCAUGUUCUAGAUCUCUAGUUAAUUUUUCGAGCAAUGCUGAACUACGUCGACAAAAUUUCACUCCAGAUUUGAUCUCUGUGGCUACGAAGCUGGCGCUAAUGGAUCACCAGCGUUAUGUGGUAGCUCCAGAUGCUCGAAUAUUACUGCGUAAUGCAGUGCGUACGUUAAGCAACUUAAGUUUCGAAGCGACCUGCCGAUCGGUAAUUAUUGCGAUCCCGUAUGUUCUUACCAUGCUCAACGCAAUAAUUGUGCUUCCAGUUGUGAUUACUGACGAAAUAGAUGACGAAAUACCUCGAACAAAUGCGUUUAAACAGGGUAUUCCGACAGCCGAAACGAAAGAAUCGUCGAUUCCUUCCCUCGGCGGGAUUAUGUUGCAGAAUUUAUCCGAUGCUGACCCGGUUUGGUACUUAACUUCGUCGUACUUAACUGCGUUCCCGUGGACUGCCGAAAUGUCGGAAGAUGUGAAGGAAGACGCGCUGAUAACGCUGUUGAAUCUCGCACAGGAGGCGACAUGUAUCAUUGAAUUACUUCGUACUUUGGAUGGGAAACUCUUAGCAGCAGCAGCGGAAAACAUGGGGCAUUCGAGACGACUCCGAUAUAUUUACGAACUGGUGAUUUCAAAUCUCCUUUUCGACAGUUAUCUGCAGCAAGCUGUGUAUGGAGAUCAAGCAAUACGCGCGUUAGUAAAUGGCUUUAACUUCUUUGAGCCUUCCGUGACCAAUGUUGAUACCAAAAUCUCACCAUUACACAUGCCGAAUACUGCACUAAAUUCGGAAAAGGAACAGUACCAAACUUUAAAUUUGGCAUUUGGAGAUGAUCAAGAACGCUUCCUGGCUUCAAUCUUUCACGUCGCUAAUGAACUCAUGGACAGUGCGAACAUUGAGCUCGUAGUAUCACUUGUACUGCCGUGUUUACGAACGUAUAUGGAGCUGACAACGUCGAUACCGGCCAAUGCUUCUAGCACCCAUCCACAGCGUUUGCAGUUACAGAGACAGCUCCCAAUUGUAUGUUACGCCUCUGCGUCUUUGUUCGCGUUGACACGAGCUGCAACUCAACGCCGAGACAGUCACAAGCAUUUCAUCCACUCAGAAGAGACCGAAGCGAUGCUCAUUGCGGUGUCUGCGCUACCAUCCGUAUCCAUUGACGGUAGUACUAAAGGCAGCAUUAGUCAGGCUUUCUGUGCAGCUACACUAUAUCACUUGUGUGCGUCGAGCUCGGCGAACCAGCGUAUCAUUCAAGGCCUGAUUAACUGCUGCAAUUCCAUCGAGGAAUGUCAAGCUUUACUGGCUUGUUCGGCUGCAUUUGCCAUCACUUCAUUCACGGCUGAAGGGUGUCAACAACUUGCCGAGUGUGAGCACUUAGCACGUGCAUUCAACCGCCUUGGACGAUCCAGUCACGUCGAGUGUCAGCAGUACGCAGCUAUAGCAGCCUGUAAUGUAUCCACCGUCGCGUGUGUGUGGUCCUCGGUGGAACUUAAGGACUUCAUUGUGGUAGCUUUACUACGAGCCAAUUCCAUCCAGACCAAGCAGAUCCACGCCAAGACGCUGUCUAAUUUAUUAUCUCAUGAAGAUUCCAGAGCUAAAAUCGUCGAAGAUGGAGUUCUCUACGCGCUUAUGAAGUUAUCGCAGGUUAUACUAUCAGGUUCAACUGCAGCAGAGGACCGUCGUGGCUCUACAGUGUUGGACACGACAGUGUCAUCAUCUAUGGACGAAGUGUUUAGCAUUGGAUUACGAGCGCUUUUCAACUUAUCCUGCGACCAUCAGUAUCACAACAAGCUUCUCUCGAACGGAAUCAUGGCAUACCUUUCAGCUGCAGUGGAAUUCCAGCAACAUACUUCCUUUUCAGGCGGUCGAAACGAGGCUUCAGGCACGUCUUUUCUGUUCAAAGAAGAGUUUAAACCGCAGAAACAACCGCAAAAGCAGUGUGUAGCUGGCCAUCUGACUGUGGAGAGUAGACGACUAGCACUUACCAUCAUCUGUAACUUGACAAGUUACGAGGAAAACCACAAGGAACUCAUUCGAGCACAAGUGACUGAGAUCAUUUACAACUACGCAGAUGCAGAUAUUGAGUCCCGUGUGUCGGCUGCUAUGGCGCUGCGGAACUUGAGCUGCUGUCAACCGUGGGUCGAGAUGCUGUGUGAACGUAAAAUACUGCAAUUGCUUAUUUUCUGCAUGGAAUGCGAUCACCCAGAAGCUCGUCAAUUCGCCGCUGAAGCGCUGGCGAAUUGUUCGUUAGUGGUGGAUUCUCUGCAUCUCUUUGGAGAAAUGCAGGUCGUUCGAGCAGUGAUAGCGCUACUAGAAGUUACAGCUAAUGGAGGGGAGACUGCGUCAUCUGCCAUUUCCUGUGAAGUCACAAGCUCGGAGACUGUCGACGAAUGUGGACACACAAGUGCGAGCACGUAUAUGGCUGCAUUGAAAUGUUUGCACAGUAUUUCCCACGAUGAUGCGCUUGCACUACUGGUGAUGGAAGAGAGGACUAUCUUACGUCUACUACCACUUCUCGAGUAUCGAGCGUUGGGCUCUGAUGUCGAGGCGUGUGAAUUAACGGCCAGUCUCAUGCAUACCCUUGCCACCAAGCCACAGUGUGCAGAGGCUCUACUACGCCAGCGCACCGUGAGUCUGUGCUCGCUGCUGCAUCGACGACAUACCACGAAUACUGUGAUAGCACGUGAGUGUAUUCAGGUUUUGAUGCUCUUAUCUACCCAUCAACCUAUUCAGCUACAACUCAGUGAAACUCAAGCGGUUCAUGUAGCUGUUAGUAUUUGUGGAGGUGGAAAUGUGUCGAGAAACCUACGACUUCGAGAGUGUGGCGCUGUCACGAUCCGAAACCUCACACUCUGUGUCACCGAACAUCAAAUGCUCUUCUACGACAGGCAAGAUCAAAGCGCUAGUGCUUCGAAUCAAGUUAAAGAUGUACAGACGGACGAUGACAAUGCAUAUGACCGAGAAAUGCCCGUGAGUUUGAUGCUAGAACGACAUCUGUUGCAUGGUAUCAAGUAUUUCCAAGAAGAGAUUAAGUCUGGCCAAGCUAGUGACCGGAUACUGAUGGAAGCUAGUGCGGCUAUCGCGAAUCUGAGCACCAUUAAAGUGUUCCGUGUAGCGAUGGUGCGUUUGGGCGUGAUCUCGACGCUGUUGGACGUGUUAAGUCGUGUAAAGACGAAAGAGCAGGGUACGACGCGCUCCAGGGCGAAGCUGAGACCUAACAACUCGAGUUACAGUCUGUUAGGACGGAUCUGCGCUGCUACGUUGCACCGUUUAGUGGUGGAAGAAGAGGCCACAAUCGACGCACGCAGUCAGUUAGUCCCGAGCUUAUUGUCCACGCUCCGACAAACCGAUGAAGAUCUGCAACAAGUACGUUAUGAGUGCGAGAAGAUAUCGAUUUUUGGGUCCAUUGACGAAGGCGUAACCCCGUCUACACAAGGAAUUCGACGCUUUUCUCGUCGAAACAGUGCUUUCAGCCAAGUUAAUGGUGAGGAGACGACAUUCGUCACUGCAAAAUGUGUGCGGUAUACAUGCAGAGAGCAGAAAUGGAUGGUGUAUGUGCUCAAAACCAUCCUCUCGUCGCAAUCCAUGAUCCCGCAGCUUGAAAAGAAGCAAAUGAGAACUCUAGGGCUGCCUAAACUCUGCUUCCAAGACCUCACGCCGGCCACGACGACUGGAGCUUGUAUACCUGCUGCGAUCAACGGAAGUAGUAGCAGCAGAAGCACCUGCUCGAAUCCUCACAGUGAAGCUGACAAUGGCGAGGAACCUGAUCGACAGGGAUAUCUCCUUCCAGUUAACAUGGAGAAGCAUGUCAUUCGGCGAAUCAACGGAUCGGAUGAGAUCGUCCCCAGUUCGAUAGCUGCCACACUGCCACGCGCGAAAAGUUCAAGUGCUGGGAGUACAAGACCCAUUGUUUCUGGGCUUAAUUCUGGGAGAAGUAACAGUGCGAAUCCACUUCAAACGCCAGCUAUUGACCAACAGGGACAUGCUAAGAAGUUUAAUCGACAGAUGCAGCUCUUAAGAAGAAACAACCGCCGCGAGGCCAGCAGCUUGCCACCAGUCUAGAAACAUUGUUUUUGAAUCGGAAUGGAGAAAAUUGUUUUGAUCAGUUC